AUGGAAGAGGAAUAUACUGGUGUUAAAAGACCUGGGUGCUUUGCAAGCCGGGCUAAUCGUAUCUUUAGUAAGCCAUUAGUGUGUAGAAAGCCGGGGGGAGAGAAGGUUAUGGAUGAAGUGGUUGGGUUAGAUUUGGCUGGACAGGGCUUAAAGAUGUUGUCCCCACGUAUUUUGCUUUGGGAAGGCUUAACUACACUAGUUCUAUCGGGUAAUUCAAUCACUGAUAUUCCAGUGGAAAUAAGUCGACUGACUUCUUUAGCACAUUUAGACUUGUCUCAUAACCGGAUAAAGAAAGUACCUAAAGAAUUAGGGCGUUUGUAUACUUUAAGGGAGUUGAAAUUGAAUGGGAACUUACUCUCUUCUGUCCCACAAGAAUUUGGCAUGCUCUACCAAAUGGAACGGUUGGAUUUGGACGAUAAUCCUUUAGUGGGUCAGAUUGCGGCUGUUUAUCAUACUUCAGGUGGUUUGGGUGUAGUUAGAUACUGUCGUGAUAAUGUGGCUUUGAGUUUUCCUUACUGGGAAAGAGAAUGGAUAUUUAAUGGUCAGGAAAGUACAUCACCUGGGUAUAAUGAUAUUAUUACUGUAGCUACUUAUAAUAUUCUUUGUCCUACUUAUACUAAUAAUCAGAUGUUUGCCUAUGUGCCUAGUUGGGCCUUGCAGUGGGAGACAAGGAAGACUAAUAUUUUACAGGAACUGGCUUCGUACAGUGCUGAUAUUAUUUGUAUUCAGGAGAUGGAUACGGCUAGUUAUUUGGAGUUCUUUCGGGAGCAAUUGAAGAUACGUGGUGAUUAUGAUUCGGUCUUUUACCAGAAGACAAGAGCUAGAACUAUGUCUGAGUAUGAUAAACGGGCGGUGGAUGGAUGUGCUAUCUUUUGGAAAAGUAUGUUCUUUCAACUAGUAGAACAGAAGUGUAUUCUCUUAUCGCAACUCUUCUCCCAGAAGCAUAUUGCUGAGCAUGAGCAUAUUGCUAAUCGCGUACUGUGCCGUGAUAAUAUUGCACUGGUGGUUGUGCUGGAAAGAGAAGGAGGUAAACUUAUGGUAGUAGCGAAUGCACAUAUUCAUUGGGACCCGGAAUUUCCGGAUGUAAAGACGUUGCAAGGUAUUAUGUUGUUGAAGGAGGUGGAAGCGGUGAUGAAAAGGUACCCGGGAGCUGAGUUAGUGAUUUGUGGUGACUUUAAUUCGCUGCCUUCUUCGGCUUUGCACGAAUUGGUGACUUCUGGGGAGAUGCGACCGAACAACCGUGAUUUAUUAGGACUGGCCUAUGAGCCAUACAGUAGUCAGGGAUAUUCCCACCAGCUGGGCUUGCAGGACAGUUAUUCAUUUGUAAAUAUGGGCUUUACUAACUUUACGCCUGGUUUUAUUGGUACGAUUGAUUAUAUUUGGCACAACGAUCGGUUGCAGCCGGUGUGCUCUUUAGGGCCGAUUGAUGAGGAGUACUUAUCUAAGAUUGUUGGGUUGCCUACUCCGCACUAUCCUUCGGACCAUCUUAUGUUGGUUACUCAGUUUAGGUGUAAGAGUGGGCCUUGGCGCAAUGCAGGUAAAUAA